CAAUAAGGUGAAAGCCAUGGGUGGGACCCACUCUUCCAACUUAAUGUCCGAUGUUAAGGUCCUGAUAGUUGGUAGCAGGAACACAGAUAAGUUCAAGUUCAGUGUUCGGAACAGAUCAGACGUUCUGUUUGUACGAGCAGAGUCCAUCAACGAGAUCCAUGAGAACUGGAUCAACAACAGGGACAAAGCUGAUCCCACAUUGGUUGACAUAAACUACUUCAGACUUCCGAUAUUCCAGGGCCUAACAGUCUGUGUAUCAAGGCUCACCACUGACAAAUGGUUCAGUGUAGAGGACAAGGAGUAUCUCAUCACACAGUUAACAGAGAAUGGAGCUGACGUGUCUGACUCUUUGACGGGAUCAACGUCGUGUGUACUCAUCAACGAAAAAAGUGGUAAGAGAUAUACAAUGGCUAAGAAAUGGCAGAUCCCCAAUGUUCACCCACGGUGGGUCAUAGACUCUCUAAAGAGGAAAGCUGCAUUGGACUUUCAGUACUACGAUAUUGAUCUUGUCAGUCCCGAAAGAAUCGGAGAAGGAAGUUGUUUAGUAUGGGACGAAUUGCAGUCCAAGAGGAAGAGGAGAAGAGUCGUUGCAGACGAGGAAGAUCAAGUGAAGAAGAAGCCAGAAGUAUGGAGAUCAAUAAUGACAGAUGUUAAACAACACAAUGCUCUACAAUCUAAGAGCAGAGAUACCACUUGGGAUGAUGGUGAGAAUUUAGAACACGAUGAAGUGGAAAAAGUGGAGGAAGAUAAAGCACAUAAACCAAAAAAGAUCAAAUCAUUUGUACAGCUGGCCAUUGAAUCAAAGCUAUUCGCAGAGAAGACGUUCAAGGUGGAAUUCUUUGAAGAUGACAAGAUGCUGUUAUUGAAGAAGACCAUUCAAUCCCACAGUGGUGAGGUGUUAAACGAAGACAGUGAUACUGAGCCAGAUUAUCUCAUCAUACCUUCGGACUUCCCAACAACAGCUAUCCCAAUUCACUUAAAGUCUUCUAGACAUACACAUUUAGUGACUGAGUUCUUUGUGGAGAGGAGUUUGCAUUAUAAGACCAUCAAAGAGGAUACAUGGGGUGAGCCCUUUUACCAGGUGAUCUCCAAAGGGGUUCAAGAUAUGACCAUUAGUCUAACUGGGUUCCAAGGUAUAGAACUGCUACACGUUUCAAAGAUGCUCCAACUUUCAGGUAUAAAGUUACACGAUUAUUUAACAAAGGAGCGUGAUAUGUUAAUGGUUAAUUAUGACAUAUUACGUCCCAAGUCUGGUGAACAUUUGACAGCGAAGUACCCAACUCUUUUCAAUAAGGACUUCAAGCUCAACGUACAACAGGCGAAUAUCAUGUCUACCAAGAAGAAAUUGUCAUUUGCAAAGGCCAACAGUAUUCCAAUCGUUACGAUAACCUAUCUCUUUGAUUCCUUCUUCAAGGGGAUGCUAUCGAAUAUCAAUAACAGGGAAUGCUGUGUAUACUGUCCCAAAUGGGAUCACCUGAAGGAGAAGCUGAGACCACUGACAGUUAUGGAUACAACGAGACAGCAAAUGACCACAGGAGAAUCUAAACCACCGUUACCAAAGAGUGAUUCUUCGCUGUCCUUACCCAAAUUGCCCUCUCCUAUUAGAAACAAGAGACACGAUAACCGUAGCAGGUUGGUUGGUAGAGCUGAGGUUUCGAACUUCAAGGAUAACCUACACGAAUCAGUAUCAAAUGACCCAGAAUUACAAGAAGACGACACACCCAAAUCCACACAGAUUGGAUAUGACGACUCAGAAGCCGGAACAAAUCUCUUGGAGUUGUUAACCGGUGCAUCAAAGGGUAAGCCCAUGGCUCGUGAUAGGGCUAAAGAGCAAGCCAAACCCGAGGUGAGAAGCAGAACACGACAGGCGUACAAGGAGAUGCUCAAUAUUCUCGAUAACGAUUGAAAUGACCAAAUAAAGUGGACAAAGUCCUUAACCAGUAUUCUCGAGCCCCAUAGUUGUAGUACUUGGUGCUUUACCAUGAUAUAUAUUAUAUUAUAUUAUAUCAAAUAAUAUAUAAUGUUAUACGAAACCACCGUAAC